CCUCUUUAAACCCCUGUUACGUACGUUCUGUUCGUCUCACAGAAACCCCCUUUUGCAAACCGGCCUACACGUAUUCGACACUCGACAGAGUAACCAACCUGACCAACCCCUGACUUCACCAUCUCAUCAUUCACAUCUUCCAGCUGUAUUAGCACUCAAUAUCAGCACUCUUUAUGUGAAUGGGCAAUGCCUUUCCCUGUCCUGCAGCUCCCAGCAUCCUUCAGCUGUCCAUCUGGCCUUAACGCCUCCAUUAUUAACAUCCUCAACUGCAUCUUCUUCUGACGAAGCUUCCAUUAGAAACACAUUAGACUGGACUAGAUUGAUCACGCUGGAUCAAUCUAACUCAGACUCCUCCAGCACUAACUGUCUUUGUUUGUCCUCCCAUCUGAUUGUUUUGACCUCAAACAUCUAAGAAGACUUAAAUGUCCUUUCAAAACAAGCCGCUGCAUCUCGUUCAUUUGUCUGUAUCUCUGAAGCUGCAAAUCAAUCAUGUGGUCCACAUUCGUCGUGCAGGAUGAAGAUGUGAGGACGGUGAAUGCAUCCCCUGGGGUGCCCCAACCUUCUGGUGGGCUGGAAGGGUUUUUGGGAUCACGAGGCGGCGGGCGCAAACGCCGCUAUAGAACGCAGUCCAGUUCUGGAGAUGGCAUUAGCGAUAGCCAGGAGGGCAAAAUCAAGCUGACAUUAUUCAUGGCUAUAACUGGCAUCAUGCUUACCGUGCUCGGGGUGGGAACAGAGUUCUGGGUGGAGCUGAAACCAUCCAAGAGCUUCUACAACAAUCAGACUUGUCUGGUAGCACAUUACGGCUUAUGGAAAUGCUGUACCAAGACGUUCUGGGUGUCAGAUACGGACCCAAAGCUGGAGAUGUGUGGGCCUUUGCAUGCACAGGGAGAAUCCAAUUGCACCUUCUUUAAGUUCUACACCACUGGAGAGAACAUUGUCCUAUUUCAGAAAACGCCAGAAAAGGAUCUGACAAUAGCGUCAGCCAUGUUUGCUAUCAUUAGUCUUUUCCUGAUGGUGAUGGGCGCUAUCUGCAUUAUCAUGGCAGUAAGCAAAGGUGUCCAGUUCUUCUUGAAGCCAGCCGCAGUUUGCUUCAUACUGUCAGGUGUCUUAAUCUUCCUCUGCCUCAUAGUUUUCCACCAAUCAGUGCUUUCAUUCUUAGCAAGUGACCAAUCCAUACCUCUACACUAUGAAAUGUCGUGGUCAGUGACGUGCGUGGGCUGUGCCGGGGCUCUGGUCAUUGUCGCAGGGGCCUUGUUCGUGGUCCUUACUCUUCCAUACAGUCCUUGGGAGAAGUGCUUACCUAAGAAAAACAGUGACAUCUAGUGGUGUGGGGGCUAAAGUGCACUUCUCAUUCAGUUUUUCACUAAAUCCUCUUGAUUAUGUGGAACAGACAACAUAUAUAGCACAGUGAUUAUACUGUGCGUAAGUUGGCACUAGAGAGGAUGCUGUUGGAAAUGUAAAAGGAAGUGGGCCAGACAUUUUGGCGGAGUAUUUGUACCAUUAGGAUGGAAUGCCUAAAAUAAUUAUACAUAUAAGCACAUAAUAACUUUAGCAUAAUAGCACUAUCAUUUUUUUGUGUGUAAACUCAUGUGCUAUUCCUUUUGUUAGUUUAAUGUUUUUAACAUAACAAUUUUUACAUUUUGUCAAUAAAAUCUUACAUGGGUAAACGCAAUGCUGUAUAUUUUAGUUGACUUUAUACAGCUUGGGAUGUUUAAAGGUUGAGGUUCUGGAUACAGUUACAUUUAACCUUUAUGAAGAUUGAGGUAUAAUUGAGGUAAACUUAUAAUAUUUAAUAUCUAGGACUAUAAUUUUAUAAACAGAAGUCUACCUACUGAAGCCAUACUGUAAAUAUGUUGAAUAUAAUUGUGGCAUAAAUGUAAUUUUUGGCAUGAUUGGGUUUUGAGACACUGAUUGUUACUGAAAUUGUAAGUAACAGAAAUGAAGCUAAUUUAUGCUUUUAUAUUUAUGUUUCUGUGGACAUUUUCAAGCUUUGAUCUGGUCUUGGCACUACAUUACAUCAAAAAAAAAAAAAAAAAGUUCUCCUUUGUAAUGUGGAAAACAGCCUUCAUGUCUUGUUUUUUUGUACCCACGGUGGGGGAAAUAAGAGAACCACUUGAAAUACAUAACAAAGCUGCUUGAGAUACAUGAGUGAAUUUAUUCUGUUCCUGGCCGACAUUGGUUAUUUAUUAACAGUGGCGCCUUAGACAUAAAGCGACCACAUGGAAUCUGACAUUGCAUAUUUGAAAAACAACAUGAUCACUCAAUUUAUUUCAUUUAAUUAAUUUUUUUUUGAGUAGUGGACAAAACUGCAGAAUUGUACAAAAAUAACAAAUAAAGUAACAAUUAUUUACAGGAUCACAACUUUAAAUGUUCUGGCUGAUUUGCAGGAGUAUACACUCUGAGAAAUUGCUAUUGAAAAAGCUACGUGCUGUUUUUAAAUGUGGAAAUACAUCAUCACAUUCACAGACAGAGGGGAGAUUAGUCUUUGAAAAGGAACUUCGGUUACACGAUGGUGCUUCCAGUUAUAAUGAAAAUCUCAUUUUGGGUUUCAUCAUUGGUUUGAGUCUGGCAGCUGACAGUGCCCGUGAAAAGCCCAGUUGAUUCAUCUCCGGUUCUGACCAGCCCUCUUCAUCUGGAGGUGGUCGCUUGAUGACAGCAAGAGACGAACUCAAAUCAAAAGCAUUAAUUAAAAGUCCCAACGUCUGCUGCUGCUGCUCCUGCUGCUUCCCAUUGUGAACGCUGACACUGAUGCUGAUCUAGAAUCAGUUAUUGAGAGUGUUAGAGGAAAGCAGAUCAUAAUAAUGAGAAAUUUUCAAUGUUGGCUGUCUCUGGUGCAUGACAGAAAUAGCUUUCCUACCGAGUUGGGCUAGAUUAUGCAACAAUCCGAACUAGGAAUGUGCUGGUUUAAAAAUCAAACUUUGAGCAUUUAAUUUAUUUGUUUAGCAUAUUAAUGUGACCUUUUUAUUAAACAAA